CAACUCAGUCUGCAUAAAGACAAGCCUGUGUGUAACCACCGAUAACAAUUCAUACUUCUCUGAAGGAAAUGCAGUAAAAAAGCGUUUCGUUACCUGACAGCUGACCUCAGAACCAAAGAAGGAGCUGUGAGGCACCAGCCAUGCUCCCGUCCCAGCCUCUCCUGCACGCUGCAGUGCUUGCACUCGCAGCCCUUCAGGCCCUUGCCUCCGACACCUUCAUUGCAGCCGUCUAUGAGCACGCGGUCAUCCUGCCAGAUGUCACUGAUGAGCCUGUUUCUCCAGACAAAGCUUUGGCCUUGAUGAACAGAAACAUGGAUGUCUUGGAAGGAGCCAUCAAGGAAGCCACCCAGCAGGGCGCCCACAUCAUUGUGACUCCUGAAGAUGGCAUUUACGGCUGGCUUUUCACGAGAGAAACCAUCUACCCCUACCUGGAGGAUAUCCCUGAUCCAGCGGUGAACUGGAUUCCUUGCACCGACCCCACAAGAUAUGGUCCAGCACCAGUGCAGGAACGCCUCAGCUGCAUGGCCAGGAAUAACUCCAUCUAUGUGGUUGCAAACAUUGGGGACAAGAAGCCGUGUAACUCCAGUGAUCCUGGCUGCCCAAGUGAUGGUCGCUAUCAGUACAAUACUGAUGUUGUCUUUGACCCAGAGGGGAAACUAGUGGCUCGUUACCACAAGUACAAUCUGUUUAGAAGAGAAACUCAGUUUAAUUACCCCAAAGAGCCAGAAGCCAUCACCUUUGAGACCCCCUUUGGGAAGUUUGGCAUUUUCACUUGCUUCGACAUCCUUUUCCGUGAGCCUGCCGUGGUCCUGGUGAGUGAGUUGCAGGUGGACACCGUGCUCUUCCCGACAGCUUGGAUGAACGUCCUGCCGUUUCUGACUGCAGUUGAGUUUCACUCUGCCUGGGCUAUGGGCAUGGGUGUCAAUUUACUUUCAGCAAAUACUCACAACACCAACUUUGCAAUGACAGGCAGUGGGCUGUUCACGCCAGAAGGACCGGCUGCCUACCAUUACGACAGCGAGACUGAGGAAGGACGUCUCCUGCUAGCAGAACUGAGCGCACGCCCCCGUCUUUCCCCCACCUACCCCCCUACCAUCAACUGGAGCUCAUAUGCCACAAGCAUCAAGAAAUUUCCAGAAGAAAAAGACACUUUUCUGGGAGCUGUCCGGCGGGAUAUAUUCACUUUCAGUGAACUCAGGCUCAAAGCUGGAAAUCACACAGUUUGCCAAGGAGACCUCUGCUGUCAUUUGGUCUAUCAGAUGUCAAACAAGAGCAAAGAUGAAGUUUAUGUCCUGGGUGCAUUUGAUGGGCUUCACGGUUCUCUCAUAAAAUACCAUUGGCAGAUAUGCACGCUGCUCAAGUGCAAGAGCACGGACCGGAACACAUGCGGGCAGCCCGUGGAGACGGCUCAGACCAAGUUUGAGAUGUUCUCCCUCAGCGGCACGUUUGGCACCAAUUACGUCUUUCCAGAAGUCUUGUACAGCGGGGUGCAGCUGGCCCCUGGGGAGUUUGAGGUGCUAUGUGAUGGACGUUUGAAAAGUAAGCAUGGCACAUCGAAACCACUCAUAACAGUGACCCUUUUUGGAAGGCUUUACGAAAAGGACCUGCCACACCCUCUGCGAACCUCCCAGUAAUGUAACUCCUUAGGUGUUACACACCCACCAUAGACAGGAGGUGAAUUUCCUGCAGUGAUCCACCUCCUCAUGACCAUUGCAGUUAUCCUGUAUCAUUCCUGUUCUGCAAUCUUGCACUUCUGCUCAGCAGCCAUGGUGGUUGGGUUUAUUUAGGGGAAAGCGAUGUGUUUCACCUUGUGAUGUAUAAUAGCACUUGAACCACUGCAAUUAUUUUUUUGCAUGAAUGCUCUGUCACAUGAAAUCCUUAAUUAUAAAUGUUUCCCCCAAAGAUAUCAUGUAGAUUGCCAGAAUAACACUAGAAAGAAGGUUGAUACUGAAAUGUGUGAAAUGUGAAGUUUGCCAGUUUGCUGCAGAAAAAAAAAAUCUUCCCCAAGGAAGCUUUUGUCCCUUUUGCCCCUUCCUGUUUUUCAGACUGUAGGACCACUAAGUGUCUGUGUUUCUUAGCCCUUACACAUCAAUCAAUAGGGCCUUCCUAAUACUCGGUGGGCCUUGGCUCCAUUCUGACCAAAGGACUGUACAAUGAAGAGAAACCCAAAUUUAAAGUGGUUUUAGGUACAGCCUUAGAGAGAGAAGGUGGCCCUCCACAACCCACACAGGCGCUGAGUUUGGCUGAGCCCCAUAAAGCAUCUUCAGUUCUGUAAUUUCUCUGAGCUUCCACCACUUUGUGCAUUGGAGAUGUAUGCAGUGUCUAAUGCAUUUCAGAUCAGGUUUAACCAUAUAAACAUAGCAUGCCAACACUUUCUUCUGGGUAUUUGGAAAAUGUCUUCAAAACUGUGAAAACACAGGAAAUAGGUAAUGUUGUAGUACCUGAAACAUGUACUACCAUGUAGUGUGAGACGGGCAUUAUUUGGGACUUCUAUAAUGAUAAAUGCAAAUGUAAAACCUGGCA